AGAGCCGUGUAUAAAACCAUGUUCCUUCGCAUUGUUGAGGCACAGUUUGCAAACAGUCCUGGUUGAGUACCACCAAGGAGGUUUCAAAGCACUCAAUAGCUCCCCGUCCAGUGUUCUAAGAACCGAUAGAAAUUUUCCAAAAUGAAAACCUUCAUCGUAGGAUCCGUUCUGCUCUUGGCCACGGCCGCUUCCGCCUCCUACUGGCACUACGUUCCGGCCGAUACGCCCGAAGUUGCCCACGCUAAGGCCGAACAUCUGGCCGCACACCAGGCCGCCCGUGGAUACGUCGGUGCCGGACCAAUUGAUACGCCCGAAGUUCAGCACGCCAAGGCCCAGCACUUUGCCGCUCAUGCCGCUGCCCGUGCCGGACAUCAUCUGCCCCAGCCAGCUCCGGCUUGGCAUGGUGCCCCAGCUACCGCCCACGCUUGGCAUGGAGCCGGUGCAUGGCACGGACCUCAGCACAUUCCAGUGAUCCACAAUGGAGUCCCGGUUGAAACCCCGGAAGUUCAGCAUGCCAAGGCCGCUCAUCUGGCUGCUCUCCAUGCCGCCGGUUCCGGAUCGCACUGGGCCCCUGCCGGACACGAAGAUGAUGGUUCCUACAAACCACAGUGGGAUGCUCACAACUACCAACAGCCAGCACCUCCGAUUCAAAGACAGGAAAUAAAAGAAGAUGGAUUUACGACAGUAAUUCGAAAACCGAAUGAACUAAUCAAAGCAACCAACAAUCUUCAAGGCAGCAACAGUGAUAAAAGUUUGGAUGAAUGUGACAAUCAACGAAGCGGAGUGAACGAUCAUCAGGCGCUACCAGUGCAUUGCAUAAUGAAAGCCUUCGUGUUAGGAUCGGUGCUGCUGCUGUUGGCCGCAACCUGUUCCGGUGGUUACCUGGGUCAUCAUGACGUAUCGUCUCAGUAUCAGGCUCACGAUGGCAUCGGUGGCUACUCGUACGGUUAUGCUGACUCCAAUUCGCAAAAGCACGAAACUAAGGAUGCUCACGGAGUGACCCACGGAGGUUACUCCUACAUCGAUGGUGAUGGUCACGUCCAGAGUGUGAAGUACACGGCUGAUCCGAUCCACGGUUUCCACGUCACUGGAACUAAUCUACCGAAGGGACCAGCUCCAGGUCCGGUGCAUGACCACGCAGCCUAUGGUCACCACUACGCUGCUCCGUGGGCCUACUAUCCACACGCUGUUAUUGGACACGACGGAAUUCCGUUGGAAACCCCGGAGGUUCAAGCUGCCAAGGCUGCUCACUUCGCCGCUCACGCUGAAGCCAAAUCUAGACUGCACAAGCGCUCUAUCUACGCUGCUCCAUGGAGUCAUGGUCCUGUUGACACCCCGGAGGUAGCUGCCGCCAAAUCCGCCCACCUUGCUGCCCAUGCCGCCGUCAAAUCCGGUCACGGUCCGAUCGCCCAAGCUUCCAACCAUUGGGAUCAUCAUGAACCGGCCCAGAAACCAUGGCAUGGACCCAUCCACAUCCCGGUAAUCCACAAGGGAGUACCCGUUGAAACUCCGGAAGUUCAGCACGCCAAGGCUGCCCACGCGGCUGCCUACGCCAAGGUGCACGGCUAUGGUCCAGCAAUCCACGAAAACCAGAUCCAUGAACAGCAACACCACGCUCCAUCGUACGGUGCCUGGCAUGGACCCCAGCACAUCCCCGUGAUUCAUAAUGGAGUCCCGGUGGAAACGCCCGAAGUACAACACGCCAAGGCCGCCCAUCUGCAUGCUCUGGCCAGUGCUGGAGCUGGUGCUCACUCCGGAGGAUCGUGGGAAGCGCAAGGCAAGGUCGAUGAUGGCUCCUACGAUCCCAAGUGGGAGGCCGAGAGCUACUCGUAAUCAUCGUGGCAGCCACAAUACUCCAGCCCUCAAAUGCCAAACCCCAUACCUAGAAACUAGCAAGAAAUACUCGUCAUACUGACCGCCACCCUCUUAGACAAUUUGUUGCAUAGCUGCACGAACUUACUAUUGAGUGCCUGACUGGAACUGGACACGGAAACAAACUGCCACACGACAAACUGGAAGAGUGGUCCCUUCGGAGAGGGACUAGCUUCCGGAAUACGCCGAACGACCGUCUGGAAUAUGUGUCUACGAAGCUGGCUGGCAAACAACAGUCUCCCUCUGUCGCUAUCAACAUGUAGUGUGUAAAUACCUCUAGCCUUGUGUAAUUUUAUAUUGUUGUAUUGAUACAAAGCAUUACUGAAAAAGUAGAACCAGAA